UGGACAUGCUGUGAGCAUUCUAAUUUUAUUGUGAUUUGAAAUCAAAAUCUAAUUAUUAAUCAAUACACGAGAUGGGUAUAACGUGUCAGUUUCAAGCCAAGAGAAUCUAUCGGGCCGAGUUAGAGUGGGUCACAAAAGUUGCGAGGAGUUCCCAAGCCCCGGACCUCAACGACACAUCCAAAAUAGCCUUCGAUACAAUAUCUCAAAGAACUCAAUCAACUCUGCCCAAGAUGACUUUUGGUCCAAACAAUUCACCUUAUAAAAGAACAAGGAUUGUAAUGACAUAUCAGUUGGGAAAAACGGCUCGCAGUAUCGGGGCUGAAGAUGGAAGGUCGAGGAUAAAACCCUCGAACAAUAGAUCGCGGAAGUUCAUGGCAGCAGCCCGGAAUUUGACUAGAACAUCAGAGGGUCCUAACUCAGGCAAGGGCAGAUUUGCAUCCCAUUGCAGGGACUCCCAUCCGUCUUUUUGGCCCGGUUUGAAGACCCUCCAACCUCGAGUCGUUUCUAGAUCACUGGUCAACAUGGUUGAAUUAGCCACCGUUGAUGGUUAUGUUUCUUAGGCAAGGAGAAGAAUGAGCUGCAACAGACGACUGCGUCAUCGAGCAGCCUGCGUUAUUUAUUUCCG